UCAGAGUCAUACAGACCGCGCGCCAAUAGCGGCAACCAAUUGACGCGAACGGAUCCGCGACAACUGCGCCCGAGAGCGACGGCGGACGCGAAGACUUUGUACACAAUCGACAAACUCGUGGCCCAUUCCUCGAGCACCGCCUCCGAGAACCUCUGGGACUCGUGCAUCGUUCCCACCAAACAUGAGCGCAAUAUCGUGGUAGUGGUCGGCGACCAGCAGCUCGUGUGGUACGACUUGGACGCCAACUACAAGCCGUUGGCCACGUUUGAGGCGCCCGUAGGGCUGACCUUCCGGUGCGUCGGCUACACGAGCACUGAGGUGAGCGGUGUGGCGACGAAUGUGUGCGCCGCGGGCUCCCAGUCCUGCGUACUGUUCUGUCGGGAACCGGAUAAUGGGAGGGUCGAGGCCUACGAAAGGGUACACGUAGUGGGCGCUGAGGUGACCGCCAUCGCCUUCAACCCCCUUAAACCCAAUUACAUGUACUGCGGAACCGACGACCGUAAGGUAUACGUCUGGGAGCUGUUUUUCGAGGCCGACGGCGCCCUCAACGCCAACAAGUCGUCCUAUCGGUACUUAUAUGCCACCAAUUUUUGUAUCGUAUCGAUUGUCUACCUGUUGGACACGGACUCGCUGGCGGCGGUGGGCGAGUCGUCCGAUGUACUCCUGUUUAACGACAUCUCCGCCCCAAAGUAUGUCUCGAUUGUCACGUCUAUAACCCACUGUAUUAACGCUGUGCUCGUCUACGGCGCCGCGCAACUGUUCAAAACGGCUAAUUUGGAUCCGUUGGAAACGCUGGACGCGACCGACAAGUGGCCGUCCACUAUGAGCGCGCCAAUAAUAAUGCGUUCCGUCAGCAUAUCCAACGAUAAGAAGUAUGUAAUCGGGACCACCAAUAAGAAUAUUAUCUGUUUCUGGAAAAGUACCGCCAUUUAAGAGACUAACUGUCCGAUUGUGUGUUUAAUCAUUUAUGAAUCGUUCAAUUGAUAUGAAUAUAAUUUGUUUGAUUUCUAAUGUUUUUUACUCAAAAUAGUUAUUUUUUAAUUAGUCUUAUGAUUGCAUUACGAAACUAUUGAUAGCAAUAAUACCGGU